AUGGGCAUACACAGAUUUCCAAAAAUCUUGCGUGGCAAGCUGGGAAUGCCAAGAUAUCAUUCAACCUCAGCAACCAUUGACGUACCAAAAGGCUGUAUCACAGUAUAUGUUGGUGAAGGCACAAACAAGAGAUUUAUAAUUCCCAUAACAUAUCUAGAACAUCCUUCGUUUCAGACCUUGCUGAAGCUAUCGGAAGAAGAGUUUGGCUAUGAUCAUCCUAUGGGAGGGGACAAAAAGAAGAAGCAAUCCCACUCUAACAAACUGGAUAGGCAAAUUUGGGGUUCUCCUAACUUCCAAUGUGAGGUAAUUGACCCCACGGGUUUCUUUGGUGGAAUCGCUUCUCCAUGGGACCCCUCCCUCUUAAAGGUCUCUGAAUCAAUAAAAGUCCUGGCCAAACUAAACGUCACAACCUUGCCAAGGGUUCAUUUGGAUCACUGCGCUAUUGUCCUAUCCGCUUCACAUCUUGAUUUCGGUCCAUCCCCUUUCAAGUUCUACAAUUCUUGGCUAAAGGACCCUGGGUUUGAGGAUAUAUUAAGAAGAGGAUGGUCAAUUAGCAACAACCCAAGGCAUAGAUUUAUGUUAUCCCCCCUAUCACUUGUUACUGGUAAAUUGAAAAUAUUAAAAGAGCAUAUCAAAGCAUGGAGGAAGGAAACUAUCGAAAAGGCUAGAAAGGAGAUAGAUGAGCUCACCAAAAAGCUUAAUGACAUUGAUCUCUUGGCAGAGAUGGGUCAGGCAAAUGAAGAACAAAUGAAAAGUCGGCAAAAUACCUAUAAAAGAAUCAUGGAACUUGAAUCCAGGCGUAUCUAA